AUGUCGGCACCGAGCUCCCAACCGCCGUCACAACAGCAGCCGCCGGCGCAACCACAACAGGGGCAGCUCGCAACCGCUCCAUCGCCCUCGUCACAGCAGUCGCCCUACAAGAACCCGCUUCUUCACACGGCCGCCUUGAUAUGCACGCCGGUAGCCUUUCUGGGCCUUGCCCUUCCGCCGAGGCGACUCGACUUCCGGGCCCUGCUCCUAGGUACCUCGGCCAUCUGGGGCGUCUCCCAACUCAAGUACGAUUACACAGGGCACUCGAUGCUGCACAAAUGGUUCGUAAGCGAUCCUUCGCAGGCGGCCUCGACAGGUGGACUAGGCAGUAAUCUCCCAAGCGAGCGGGCUGGCGAGGUGCAACGCAUGAUUCGUGAGGAAAAGGCCAGACGUGAGCGGGCUCGGGAGCUCUUGGCAUCAGGCAUGAGCGAGCAGGACGUGAAGCGCGUGCAGGAGUUGGAAAGGAGAAAAGCAGCCGCCAAUGGUGGUCAACAGCCACAGCAACCAACUAGCGGGGAGGAUGGCGAGAAAAGAGGCACUCUCGAAUCCAUAUGGAUGGGCGACGCGGACAAGGACUGGAAGGAGAAGAGGGCCAAGCGAGAGCAGGAGGCCCUGGCUGAGGGCGGUGACGGCAUCUGGGGUCUAAUCACGGAACAAAUCUCAGACGUCUUUAACCGGGGUGAGAGAAAGGCCCAGGAGAAGGCGAAAAAGGUUGAGGGCGAGGAGAAGAAGUCUUGA